AUGGGCGUCGCGGAGAUUGCGAAGAAGGUCGACGCCCUCAAGGCCGAGCUCGCCGCCAAGUCGUCCCGCAUCGCCGACCUGGAGGCUAGGGUCUUGCUCCUCGAAGCCGAGAACGCGCGCUUGAGGAAGGCCAUGUCUGAGGGAGUUGCGGUGAACCGUAGAGGCAAAAAGGGUCCAACCUUUGGUCGAUUGGAGGAGGGUCUCGGCGGAAAAAAGCAAAAGUCAGGCGACAUCGUUGGAGGGCAUGCGAUGAAUGAUGUCAUAGAGGUCAGCGACGGCGAGGAAGAGGGGAUGGCUGUGGGUGUCAACAACGGGGAGAGCGGGGAGGAGGGCGUUCCUCCAGUCCCGACUCCUAGCAAGUGUGCGGUGCGGGUGGUGACCAGCAAGAGGGGUGUUGCAGACGAGAUUAAGGACGCCGAUGGAGGUGGUGGACGAGACCAUGGGAGAGUUCGGUGUGAUGGCAAUUUGAUUCUGGAUGACGAUGAUGUUCUGAGCACGCCGCGAGGCAAGAAGCGUGCAGCGACACGGGUAAUCAGUGACAGUGAGAGUGAGGAUGAAGAUGAGAAUGGUCAAGGGCAUGGAGAAGGGGAGGUGCGUGUUACAAGCAGCAGGAAACGUGCAUUGCGUGGAGUCAGUGACAGUGAGAGUGAGGAUGGCAGUGAGGGUGUUCGUGUGGUUAAUCAAAAACCUGUUUCACCUCUAAUUAUGACAGGGAUUGAGAGUGAGGAUGACGAUGGUGAAUUAUAUCAGAUGGAGGGGCGUUCUACUCCGGCAACAAGGCGCUUGGCUCGGUUAACUAAAGGUCAAUCAAAGAGGAUGCGACCUACACGUCGGGAACUUGAGUUUUUUGAACCCAAGAAGCAUGAAGAGAGCGAGGAUGAUUCAGAAGAGGAUGAUAAUAUGGAAAAUUUUAUAGUAGAUGAUUCAGAUUGUUCAGAAAACUCUGCUGAUUCUGUUGAAGAAUCCUCUGCUGGACCAGAAGAGUCUGACAACGAGGAAACUUAUAAAGAUCUUAUGGGUAGGAUACGCGGCAAAAGGAAUGCCAAGAAUAAGGAUUGGAAGAUUGAGCCAGAGAUGCUAUCAGCAUUUGAUGAAUACCCUGAACUUCGCCUGAAAGCUGUUUGUGCCCUCUAUCGAAAGCAGACCCAGGAAGAACAGGCAGAAAAAGCUACUAUCAUGCACAACAAAAAAGGAUUUAACCAGAUAGAUGCCCGAAGGGGUUCUCACAUAGCGCAGUUUCUUCUGGAUGGUGAUGCUGCUGGGCCGCUUAAGAAGACUGCACAAGACUUGGAAAAGUACGAUUGGUAUGCUCUUGAGUUCUGUCACAAGAUGGCUUUACGUUACUCGAAGCAGUUGUUUGCAAUAUAUCAGAAUAAGGAGGACCCCUACUUUCCAUGA